CGUUAUUGUGGGUCAUGUCCUUAACAAGGACUUGCUCUCUUAACAAUAAUUGUAACGAAUUGGCCCUUUAAAUAAAUAUAAGUCACCCCAAUAGAUCUUCUAACGGUCACUCCUUUGUUUCCAUUAACUGCUCACUUCUCACCUUGGCUCGCUAAUACUUCCUCUCCCUUUCUUUCCCAAUUAGCCAAUUCUCUUCAAUGACCAACGAUCGGAAAGCAGCAAAUGCCCUGUCGGGGAAGACUGCUCGAGCCUGCGAUGGCUGUUCGCGGAAAAGAGCACGGUGGUUUUGUGCUGCUGAUGAUGCUUUUCUUUGCCAAGCAUGUGAUGAUUCAGUCCAUUCCGCGAAUCAGUUAGCAAGCAGACAUGAAAGGGUCCGGCUAGAGACUGCUUCUUCCAAGAUAAGAGGUUCGAGGAACACUGUUGAUUCUGUUCCGGCGUGGCAUCAAGGGUUCAUUAGGAAGGCAAGGACUCCAAGGAAUAGCAGUAACAAACAGCAACUUAAAGAUGAAGAUAAAGUAUUAGUCAUGAAUCCACUACCUCUUGUUCCUGAAAUUGGCGGUGAAGAAGAGGGUAAUAGUACUUUUGCUGAUGAAGAUGACGAUCGGUUGCUUUAUAGGGUCCCUGUGUUUGAUCCUUAUGCUUCAGAAUUAUGUACUGAUGAUAUGGUAACAUGUGGUGAAGGAACUGAAAUCACCAUGGGAAAUGAAGAGGGAAAUAUUGUUUUCGAUGGUUAUAAUGGACAGGAAGGAACAUGUGAUGAUUUGGACAUUUUACCUGAGUUCUUUUCUUCAGACAUGGAUCUUGCUGAGUUUGCCGCAGAUGUCGAGAACUUACUAGGAGUAAAUGAGGAUUCUCCUGAUAUCGAAGAUUUAUGUUUGCUCCAUUGUAAAGAAGAAGAAGAUGAUCAGAAGUGUUUUUUUGAUGAUCAGGACAAAGUGGUGAUGAAGGUUAAAGAUGAACAAGAAGUUGAAGCAUGUGAUCAUUUCGAUCAAGCAUUUGAAAGAGAAUCAUUGGAUUGGAGUUUCAAUUACGAGUCGCCGACAAUAACUGCAGAUGAAGUAGAAGAGAAGAAGAGAGUACCUGUGGCCAUAAACAGCCAACAGAAGAAAGAAACGAAAAGUACUGCAUCUUUAUUGAGGCUAAACUAUGAGGAUGUUAUUAAUGCCUGGGCUAGCCAAGGUUCUCCUUGGACUUCAGGAAGCAGACCAGAACUGAAUUCUGAUGAUUGCUGGCCUGAUUGCAUGGAUAUUUGCCUUAAGGAUGGUCAUCAUCACCCAUAUGGAGGCAUGGGAGGACACACAAGAGGAGGAAAUGGGGCAAGAGAAGCAAGAGUUCUGAGGUACAAAGAGAAGCGAAGAACACGAUUGUUCUCCAAGAAAAUAAGGUACGAGGUGAGGAAAUUGAAUGCAGAAAAGAGGCCUAGAAUGAAAGGGAGGUUCGUUAAGAGGACAUCUUUCAUGGGAAAUGGUUUUCCUUACAUGAAUAAGUAAAUAACGGUUAACUGCCAUGCCAUGUCUGCUUCUUUGUUGCUGGCUACAUGCAUGAGAUGAUCAUAUUGUAGGAUUGCUAAUUAUGUUCAAAAUAAUUUUACUAUAAAAGGAGAGUAACUUAGGCAGUUACUCCUUUCUUCUUUUCUUUUUUCCUGUCUUUGUCUUCAUCUCUGACAGUAUUUGUAAUUAACUCUUUGGCAGAAUGAAGAUAUCAAUCUUAAAGAAGACAAAGAUUUUAAUAAAUUCUUUUGUCUUAAAAAUGUAUUUUUCUUGACGCUAGAUGUGUAAACUAAUCUGUUGCACUUAGCAAUUUUGAUCAUGUAAUAUUUCUAUUCAGCAAACACAUGAUAAUACAGUUGAACUGUAUAUAUAUAUAUAUAUAUAUGAUA